CGCCUGGCGAGAGCGUAAUUCUAGUGUGGCCCGGCGGAAAUCUUUUGAAAGUUUCUCUUUUACACCGACGACGACAACAUCACGGCCGCCCAUUUGACUCAAUUCGCCAACUUCGGGAGUCUAUCGACAAAAUGGGUAUCGAUCUCGACCGCCACCACGUGCGCAGCACGCACCGCAAGGCUCCCAAGAGCGACAAUGUGUACCUCAAGCUUCUCGUGAAGCUGUACCGCUUCUUGACCCGUCGCACCGACUCCAGCUUCAACAAGGUCAUCCUGCGCCGUCUCUUCAUGUCGCGCAUCAACCGCCCUCCCGUCUCCAUCUCCCGCAUUGUCGGCAACCUUGACAAGGAGGACAAGCGCACCGUCGUCAUCGUCGGUACCGUCACUGACGACAACCGUCUCCUGACCGUCCCCAAGUUGACCGUCGCUGCUCUGCGCUUCACCGCCACCGCCCGCGCUCGCAUCACCGCGGCCGGCGGCGAGGCCAUCACCCUCGACCAGCUUGCCCUCCGCGCUCCCACCGGUGGCAACACCCUCCUCCUCCGCGGACCCAAGAACUCCCGUGAGGCCUUCAAGCACUUCGGCAUGGGUCCCCACAAGCACAAGAAGCCCUACGUCGAGUCCAAGGGCCGCAAGUUCGAGAAGGCCCGUGGUCGCAGAAGGUCCCGCGGUUUCAAGGUCUAAGCGUUGGUGG